CGCAGAAAAAACGACGACAUCGUUUUCUUGUUAUUGUUGAAGAAAUUAAUAAAAUUAACAAUUAUUGCGGACAUUACAGCGUGCAGUUACACACAGGAUGGGCAAUCAACUGGUGGGCAUUGCCCCGUCGCAGAUUUAUGCGGUGGAGCACUACUUUUCCGGCCAGUUUGGAUCCGAAAUCACAUUCAGUUCCAACAUGGGCAGCACGCGAUUCUUCAAAGUGGCCAAGGCCAAAACGGAUGAGGGUCAGAUAGUGGUCAAGGUGUUUGUGAAGCACGAUCCCACGUUGCCGCUGGAGGAUCACAAGGAGCGACUGGAGGGCAUCAAGAAAACCCUUUCGCUAGCCAAUGCCGUCAAUUGUUUACCCUUUCAACGGGUUGAGCUAAUUGACAAGGCAGCCUAUAUAAUGAGGGAGUAUGUUAAGCACAGUCUUUAUGAUCGCGUGUCCACACGCCCCUUUCUCACUGUUUUGGAGAAAAAGUGGAUCACGUUCCAGAUUCUGUGCGCCCUGAACCAGUGCCACAAACAGAAGAUCUGCCACGGAGACAUCAAGCUGGAGAAUAUCCUGAUCACCUCCUGGAACUGGAUCCUGCUCUCAGACUUUGCUUCCUUUAAACCCACUUACUUGCCGGAGGACAAUCCGGCGGACUAUACGUACUUCUUCGAUACGAGUAGAAGGCGAACCUGCUACAUUGCCCCCGAGCGAUUUGUCAAGACACUGGCUUCGGAUGACGAUGGCGGCAAUGGCAACAUGUCGGUCAUUCAUACCGACUCCAUCAUUCGACUGGCGCCCAGUUAUGCUGGAAAUACCCUGCUACCAGCCAUGGACAUAUUUUCAGCGGGCUGCGCCUUGCUGGAGCUCUGGACGGAGGGAACUGCGCCCUUUGAACUCUCACAGCUGCUGGCCUACAGGCGUGGUGAGCGAGAUCUGGUGGAGAAGCAUUUGGCUGGCAUCGAAAAUGAGAGGUUACGCAACCUGCUGGCCUCCAUGAUCGACAUCCACUCGAUGAACCGAAAGAGCGCCGAGGAUUACUUAGAUCAGGAGCGCGGCCAGCUGUUUCCCGAAUACUUUUACUCCUUCCUGCAGUUGUACUUGCAAAUGUUCUCCUCAACACCAAUAAUGUCGCCGGAUGACAAGAUCCAGUGUCUGCACAAGGACAUUGGACAUUGCAUCAAGGUGCUGACACUGGCACAGGAUGUGACUCCGGAGGAGGACGAUAAGGAUGGUGAGCAGGAAAAGAAGGAUCCCACGUUGUGUGCUCGACUACCACCAGAGCAUGAUGGUCUCAUUCUGAUCAUUACUGUGGUCACAUCCUGCAUUCGCGGUCUCAAGCAGUCAAACACUAAAAUUGCAGCCUUGGAACUUCUGCAAAAGCUGUCGAAGUACACAACUUCCGAGACCAUCUUGGAUCGCAUAUUGCCCUACAUUCUGCACUUAGCCCAGAAAUCACCAGCCAAGGUACAAGUUCAGGCCAUCGAAACGCUGACCGCCUGCCUGGGCAUGGUAAAGGACAUUCCGCGAAGCGAUGCCAAUGUUUUUCCGGAGUACAUACUUCCAUCCAUCACUGACUUGGCCAGCGAAUCGAGUGCCGUGAUUGUUCGCGUGGCCUUUGCUCGGAAUAUUGCUGCUCUGGCCAAAAGCGCUGUCUAUUUUCUAGAGGAGACGCAGCGAAAUGCUCCGAAUGAGAUGCCCACUCCACGCUACGAGGCGGAGUUGAAUGCCCUCCAUGACAUAGUAAGACAGGCUGUACUGAGUCUGCUGACGGAUUCCCAACCGGUGGUUAAGCAAACUCUGAUGGAGUCGGGCAUAUGCGAUCUGUGCGCUUUCUUUGGCAAGGAAAAAGCCAACGAUGUGAUACUCUCGCACAUCAUGACCUUCCUGAAUGACGAGGACAAGAACUUGAGGGGAGCUUUCUAUGACAACAUCGCCGGAGUGGCUGGCUAUGUGGGCUGGCAGGCGUCGGAUAUAUUGGUGCCCCUUUUGCAGCAAGGAUUUACGGAUCGCGAGGAGUUCGUCAUAGCAAAGGCUAUACGUGCAGUGACCAUUCUCAUCGAACUGGGUCACAUCAAAAAGCCAGCAGUGACGGAAAUUGUCCAAGAGACGGCCUGUUAUCUGUGCCAUCCAAAUCUUUGGGUUCGUCACGAGAUCUGCGGCAUGAUCGCCACCACUGCACGCAACCUCAGCGCCAUCGAUGUGCAGUGCAAGAUUAUGCCUGCGAUUGGCGCUUUUCUCAAGGCGCCGCUUAUCCAGGUGGAGAAGCCACACAUCCUGCUGGACUGUGUGCAUCCACCGGUGCCGCGGCAGAUCUUCGACAGCGUGCUGCGCUUCCAGGACAUCCACAGUUUUCUUAGAGCGCUAGAGGAUCGAUCGAGAGCUCGCAACCAGGCCAGACAAGGAGCUGUACCGAAGUUCGAGGAGAUGGGGCAGACCCUAAGGAACCUUUUUAGGCGCCUAAGCUCUGAGGGAUUGACGGAUCUAAUCGAAAUGCAGCUGCUGGCCAUGAAGCCUUUCUUGAUCUCCAUGAAGCACAAGUCCCUGCAGGAUCUGGACGACACUGCCUCUGGGAACGGACGCAUCGUGGUCACGCGCAAGCAAGUCGCUUGUCAUGAAUAUCCGCUGGCGGACAAAAUCACCAAAAUGCCCCUAGAGAACCGAUCCAGCGAGGGACCAACUCUGGUAUCGCCCGCCUCGGAUGCAGCGAACACUCCGCUGGGAGCUGGGGGAAUGGCCGGAAGUCCUGCCUCUGGAGCUGUGGUCCUUGGCGUGCCAACGGCCACCGUAAGUGCGGCCACCUCACUGGGUGAAUACACGAUGCCGGAGCGAAACUGCUGGCUGGAACGCUCCUCCGAGUGCCGCAAGGAUCUCGAAUCGCUCACGGCCAAGAUCAAGAGGCGCUACAAUGUGCUGGCCAUCUCGCAGCGCUGCAGUUACGACAAGCUGGUGACGCCCUAUCCACCUGGCUGGCGGAUGAACGGCACCCUGGUGGCCCAUCUGCACGAGCACUCGGAAUCGGUGAUCAAGCUGGCCUCCUUGCGUCCCCACGGCUCGCUCUUCGCCAGCGGCAGCAUAGACGGCACUGUGCGGCUGUGGGAUUGCAGCAAACUCAAUGGGAAUCAGGGGGUGAAUAAGUCGAGGCAGGUUUAUUCGGCCAAUACGCCCAUCUACGCCCUGGCCGCCUGUGAUAGUGGACAAUCGCUGGCGGUGGGCGGCAAGGAUGGCAGCAUUCUGAUGAUGCGGAUCGAUCGUAACUCCACCAAGAUGACGCUCCAACAGGCCUUAGAUCAGAAUGAUCAUAAAGAUGGACCCGUGGUGGACAUGCACGCCUACGAUCAGGCCACGCAGAGUGUCAUUGUGUACGCCACGCUGUACGGUGGCAUUGUGGCCUGGGACACACGGAUGCAGCACAGCGCCUGGCGGCUGCAGAACGAACUGCGGCACGGGGUGAUCACCACCAUCUGUGCGGAUCCCACUGGCUCUUGGUUGGCCACCGGAACGAGUGGCGGUAAGCACAUCUGCUGGGAUCUGCGCUUCCGUCUGCCCAUUGCCGAGAUCAAACAUCCGGCUGAUUCGUGGAUACGCAAAGUGGCAUGCCAUCCCACGGAGCCCUCGUAUCUCAUCUCCGCCUCGCAGUCGAACAACGAGGUGUCCGUGUGGAACAUCGAGACGGGUCAGCGCCAGACGGUCUUGUGGGCAAGCCCGGUGGCGGCUUUAUCCAGCGCCAGUCCCAGUGAUCCGUCCACCACGUGCGGCAUUCUCAGCGGAGUGGUCGAUGGUUCGCCCUUCAUUCUCACCGGCAGCUCGGAUCAGCGCAUCCGCUACUGGGACAUCGCCAAUCCGAAGAGCUCCUCGCUCAAGGUGCCGGCUGCCAAUGACAAUCUGUCGGAUGUGGCCUUCAACUACGGUGCCCGCUUGAUCGAUGGCAGCCAGGUGAUUGAGGAGCAAAUCAUUUCCAUGGCCAGUACUGGCGACUCACAGCAGCUGCGCUCCUCCACGGAGGAGAAUCCCCGCUCUGGACCGGACAUGCCCACGGCCAGUCACCACGACGCCAUCACGGAUCUGCUGAUGUGCAAGGACAAGGGCCAGAUCUACAUAGCCUCGGCAUCGCGAGACGGUGUCAUCAAGCUGUGGAAGUGAGCGCCCGCUUAAUAGUAUUUAAUUAUUCAACUGUGAUUAGCCUAAUAAACUGCAAUAUGUCUAACUAUUAAAUAAACAGUUGCUUGCAAA